GUGGAAAUUCAUCUUGCAUUUUCUUGGAGGAACCCUCUUUUUUUGUUUGUGACAGAAGAGGGUGAUCUUUCACAUUCUUUACAGCUCCAAGAAAAUGGCAGGUAGAUGGGUGAAGCCUGAGGUGUUCCCACUAUUUGCAGCAGUUGGCGCAGUUGUGGGCUUAUGUAGCAUGCAGCUUGUAAGGAAUAUUUGUACUAAUCCCGAAGUUAGGGUUACGAAAGAGAACAGAAGCGCGGGAGUGCUACAAAACUUUGAAGAAGGCGAAAAGUAUGCCCAACAUGGCCUUAGGAAGUAUGUUCGUGGCAGACGUCCUGAGGUCAUGCCUAAUCUUAACAAGUUCUUCUCAGAUCCAAAGUGAAGCAGAUUGUGCUCGUAGCUUUGAGCUAAUGCAUUUGGACAAGAAAAGUUUGUAGAAACUAGUGCAUGAUUUCAAUUCUAUUGCAUAAUAAAUUUUAUCUUUUGAAAAUGGUAAUUUCGUUUGUUCGAUGGUCUUAAGCAACUGUUUUUCUCUCAAUAUAUCAUUACAACGAAUUUCUUACACAGUAUUGAACGCA